AUGAUAGUUUCAUUCUCACCUAUACCAGCGAAUUUCCAAGGAAAUGAUGAGGAGUUUGAAGAUAUAUGUGUGAUGCAUAGGAUCAUAGACUCAGUAGGGAGGGUUGAGAAUGUAAAGAAAAUAGAAAAAGAUCUUAAUAAGAUGCCAGUUUUUGGUAUCCAAGUUACUGGAGAAACUAUGGCAUGUUGGAUUAUGACUAUGUUAUUUGGAGCCUUUUACUUUGUUCAACAUCUUGGUUCAGUGCAAAUUCCUAUGAAUCGAGGUCAAUCUUUACUUGCCAGAUUUAUGGAUGAAUUAUGA